GUGACUUUCACCUUCUGCACUCUCAUCAGAUUGAUCACCUGGGUAGUAAUUACCACAUAUAGGGGCAUACAUGGACUUACCUGCUAUUUCCGACUUAUUCCCAAAUCCAGUUAAAGUUGGAGAUUGCCCGUUUUCCGGAACCGGUGCGGGAUCGAUGGAGGUCCGGCUAAGAUGAUCCAUUCAGAUUAUAAAGAACCGAUGCUUUGAAUAUGCUUCCAGAUAUUUCAUUUUCAUCUCGUAUACUCAACAGAAACAAUGCUCUAUAGCACCUUAAGGACCCGGCCCUUGAGGUGUCUCUCAAUUGCUUCUUCUCGUAAUCGUAACCUCGGUUCAGCAGGUUCAGCAUGGGCUUCUUUCGAAAGUCGCCGGCAUUCGAGCGACGAUGUAGGCUACGACUCAACUUUAAGAAAUCUCAAAAUUGGUAGUCAUACGAGAGUUAUCUUCCAGGGGUUUACGGGAAGACAGGCUACUGCGAAUGCUCGUGAAUCUCUAGCUUGGGGCACCAAGAUAGUCGGGGGCGUAACGCCGGGUCGGGACGGAGAACACCUGGGCUUGCCACUCUACCCUACAGUCCGCGAUGCCGUGAAAGAUCUUAAACCAGAUGCAACAGCCAUCUACGUAGCCGCACAAGACGCUAUUAACGCUGUCGAGGAGGCCAUCGAAGCUGAAGUUCCACUCAUCGUGGCCGUGGCGGAACAUAUACCUGUUCAUGACAUGCUUAGGCUCAUGUCUAUUUUAAAAACCCAAUCGAAAUGUCGAUUGAUUGGCGCCAAUUCACCAGGCAUCAUCUCAGUGACUGGAAAAUGCAGAAUUGGUUUCCAACCACUUCCGUGUUUUAAACCAGGACGAGUAGGAAUUGUGGCAAGAUCGGGAACAUUGAGCUAUGAAGCUGCUGCCUCUACACUUAGAGCUGGCUUGGGCCAGAGUAUGUGUAUAGGUAUCGGUGGUGAUAUUGUACCUGGAACGACUAUAAAGGAAGGGCUACAGAUCCUUCUCGAAGACAAGGACACAGAUGCUAUCGCACUGAUAGGAGAGAUCGGGGGUAAUGCUGAACUUGAGAUCACCGACAUGGUGAGGCGACACCUGAAGGUGUCUGCAAAUCCGAAACCAAUUGCAGCCCUGGUCGGAGGAAUCAAUGCUCCCCCAGGACGAACCAUGGGUCAUUCUGGAGCAUUCACCUUGCCUGGUGACCCCUCAGUUCGAGACAAAAUCAAAGCCCUAACGGCAGAUGGGGCAGUCGUGGUGAACCAUCCUUCUAGGUUCGGCCCAGUGCUGAAAUCAAUGCUAGACAGUAGAGCAACAGCUGCUUCUGGAGUUACCCCAGGCCAUAUCCCACAGCAGAGAGCAAUGCACACCUUAAUUCGCCGUCCUCCUUUGCCCCAAAACACAUUAUAUCAAAGGCCCCCAUAUCAAAGACGGAGUAUAUACAUACCGCAGGAAACAUGCUUAGCGAAGCUACGCGAGCAUAACGUUCCCGUAUCCGAGGGACUUGAUCCAGAUUCCCAGAAAAUGAUCGCUUUAACCAUCAACAGAUCCGCAAAGAAUCUCCGUAUACUCGCUUCUCCAACCAGAGAUAUAUCCGAGGCAAGGGAAUUCGACUUCCCUUAUGCCAAAUCAACCCCAGACGACGUGAAGCUCGAAGCCAUAAUCAAGCACAUCCAACUUGACCCAAAGUCCAAGGGUGCUUUGGAAUCCUUGAUCAAUGAACUCCUCGCACUUUUCAUAGACCAAGAAUACUACCUCGCACAAAUCUGGAUCGUCGAGACUCCCGAUGCCAGUACGAAAAUUCAGGUCGCAGGAGCGAAUUUUGGGUUCGAAAUCGCUUCGUCCAAGGGUUGUGGGCGGCACACGAAUCCUGGAGAGCUGCGCAACGCAAGCACUGAGGACCCGGACGAGCUCGCUGCUGAGAAGGAUGGAAUUGUGUAUAUCAAGCUCAAAGAUGGUAACAUUGGCACACUGGUUAACGGCGCAGGACUAGCUAUGAACACGGUGGACGCGCUGGCCGAUGCAGGAGGUAAGGCAGCGAAUUUCUUGGAUACGGGUGGGAAGGCGACAAGUUUAACGGUGAAGAAGAGUUUUGAGUUUAUAUUGAAAGAUCCCAGAGUCAAGUGUGUAUUUGUUAAUAUCUUCGGCGGCCUGACACGCGGUGAUAUGAUCGCGGAAGGCGUGAUCAUGGCGUUUAAGGAGUUGAAGAUGAGCGUACCGGUCGUGGUGCGAAUUCGCGGAACAAAUGAGAAGGAAGGACAGGAUAUCAUUGCCCAGAGUGGAUUGCCAUUAUACGCCUUUGACGAUUUUGAUGAGGCUGCUGCUAAGGCCAUCGAGUUGGUGGCUCGAGAUUAAAAGUAGGUAUUAAUCCGUAGAUGGCGAAUUGAAUCAUCCACCAUUACAACCGGGUACACGGUGAAUUAUUCAUAUAUGUUUGGCUACAGCUCAAGAUUGCUGCCAGUUAUAUUUUUCCUGCCUGUA